GACUCGUCAAAUUCGUGACGUUUAGGACAGAGUUCCUCCCGAUUUAUAUUUUACAAGAUAAUGGAGCUUCACUAAAAUAAUUAUUGUUCUUUCUCUAGAUAGAAAUAAACACUUAAAACAUCAUGGCUUUGAAAAAAGUUAAAGGCAAUUUUGAACGUAUGUUUGAUAAAAACCUAACAGACUUAGUUCGCGGAAUCAGAAAUAACAAAGAUAAUGAGGCAAAGUACAUAGCUCAGUGCAUGGAGGAAAUAAAAGUAGAGCUACGACAAGAUAAUAUUGCAGUGAAAGCUAACGCCGUCGCUAAGCUCACAUACUUACAAAUGUUAGGAUAUGACAUAUCAUGGGCUAUAUUCAAUGUAAUAGAAGUGAUGAGCUCAAACAAGUUUACAUAUAAAAGAGUUGGGUACUUAGCUGCUAGUCAAUCAUUCCAUGCAGACUCUGAGCUGCUAAUGCUGACCACAAACAUGAUCCGUAAGGACCUGAAUGCUCAGAACCAGUAUGAAGCCGGCCUGGCACUCAGUGGCCUUAGCUGUUUUAUAUCUCAUGAUUUAGCAAGGGAUCUAGCAAAUGAUAUCAUGACCUUGAUGAGUUCUACCAAGCCUUAUUUAAGGAUGAAGGCAGUGCUGAUGAUGUACAAAGUAUUCCUUAGGUAUCCAGAAGCACUUAGACCAGCAUUUCCCAAACUAAAAGAAAAGCUGGAAGAUCCAGACCCAGGAGUCCAAUCAGCUGCAGUAAAUGUUGUUUGUGAGUUGGCAAGAAAGAAUCCAAAAAAUUAUCUUUCAUUGGCUCCUGUGUUCUUUAAGCUAAUGACAACCUCCACCAACAACUGGAUGCUGAUCAAGAUCAUCAAACUGUUUGGUUUAAUGACACAUUAUGAACCUGAUAUCGGAAGAAAAAUAACACAAAGCCUCAUUGAUAUUAUUUGCAGUACAUCAGCUAUGUCGCUGUUGUAUGAGUGCAUCAACACGGUGAUCGCCGUGAUCAUCAGCAUCAGCAGCGGCAUGCCCGGCCACGCCGCCUCCGUGCAGCUCUGCGUGCAGAAACUGAGGAUACUCAUUGAAGAUAGCGAUCAAAACUUGAAAUACCUGGGCCUGCUGGCGAUGUCGCGCAUCCUCAAGUCGCACCCGAAGUCUGUGCAGGCGCACAAGGACCUGGUGCUCGCCUGUCUCGACGACAAGGACGAGUCCAUCAGGCUUCGAGCUCUGGGCCUGUUGUACGGAAUGGUAUCAAAGAAAAAUCUAAUGGAAAUCGUGAAGAAGCUAAUGUUACACAUGGAACGCGCGGAAGGGACGCUGUACCGGGACGAGCUGCUCACGCGCAUGAUCGAGAUCUGCUCGCAGAACAACUACCAGCACGUGGUCGACUUCGAGUGGUACGUCGCCGUGCUGUCCGAGCUCACCGAGAUGGAAACUAGCGCCAAACACGGCAUCAUCCUCGGCACCCAGUUAUUGGAAGUAGGAGCACGCGUGGCGGAUGUGCGCGCGUUCGCUGCGCGCGAAUGCGCCGCGUUGGCCGCGCGCGCCGCCGCCUCCCCGCCGGGGCCCGCGUCGCGCGAGGUGCUCUAUGCGGCCGCCUACGUGCUUGCCGAGUACUGCCAGGAGGAAGACGUGAUGCGCAACGCGAUCUCCCCGCUGCUGCUGUGCGCAGGCGCGGGCGGCGGCGCGAUGCGAGCGCGCGCCGUGUGCGUGCACGCCGCCUUCAAGCUGGCAGCGCGCCUGCUCGCGCGCUACGAGGCGCGCCGGGACCAAGCCGCUGCGCUCUCGGUGGUUCGCGAGGCAGUGGCGGGGCUGCGGCCGCUCCUCUGCAGCGAGGACAUGGAGGUGCAGGAGCGCGCGCACAACGCGUCCGCCAUGCUGAUGCUGCUGCUGCGCCGGCUCGCCCCCGAGGACUGCCAGGACGAGCCCGUCGAGAAGCUGCUCGACCACGAGCACAGUAACGAAGUGGAGGCUGAGAAGAGCGCGGAGGCCGGCCCGGACGUGAACGGGGACGCCGGCGUCGGUUUCAGCGGCGGCCUGAUCGCCGAGCUGGCGGACCUCUUCGACGGCGAGCUCAAGCCUGUCGCGCCCAAGGCACAGAAGAAAGUGCCCAUGCCUGGAGAUCUGAACCUGGACGAGUGGCUGUCGCGCGACCGCUGGUCGUCGGAGAGCUCCAGCUCGGAGGACGACGGCGAGCCGGUGUUCGCCGCGCCGCAGCCCGACGCGCGUCCCACCGCGCAGUUCACGCAGGAGGAGCUGCACAUGCUACGCGAGGCGCGCCGGCAGGAGCAGGCGAACAACCCGCACUACCUGAAGGACGACUCGCCGCGCUCCUACCAGCAGGAAGACGUGCCGGUCGCGGAGAUCGCGCUCGAGGUGCCGCUCGUGGUGCGCGCCAAACGAUCCGACGCUUACCUGACUGUGUCAAUGCGGGAGAGCUCGAAGAAAGGCAAGAAGUCGAAGCGACCGAGUGGCAAGCGGAAGAGCAAAAAGGAGCAGUCUUCCGAGUCGGAGAGCGAGGGCGAGGUCGCGGCGCGGCCCGUGGUGGCGGAGGGCGGGGAGCUGCCCGAGGGCGCGGCGCCCUCCGACGACGAGCCCGCGCCGCCCGCCGACGACCCCCACCGCGCGCUCGACCUCGACCUUGACUUACCACUACGCGAUGACGAGCUACUUACUUCUAGAAUACAUCAGUAUCCCUCACCAGAGUCCGGCCUUCUCAACAAAAAGAUAAAAGAAACUAAGAAAGCCAAAACCGAAAAGAACGCCACUGAGAAAUCUCAAAAGAAGAAGAAGGAGAAGAAGAACAAACGCACCAAAGAAGGCGACUUAAUUAUAGCUGACCUGGAUAAAUACGUAGCACCAGAGGAAGCACUCAUAGAGAACACAAAGGGGAAAGAGAAGAAGCGAUCGAAGACAAAUAGCGGCGCCGGCGAGCGGGAGAAAACUAACAAGACUGAAAAUCACAAGAAGGCGAAGAAGGAGACGAGAGACAAAGAGUCUAAGAAGAGAUCCUCUAAAAAAGAUAACCACGAAACGAAAGUAGGCUAUGAAGAAGCAUUAGGAAUUUCUACACCUAGCAAAGAAGUUCUAUAGAAACCUGUUUAGGUCGACAUACUUACGCUAUGUAUAGGAAAUAUGUCCUUGAUUCUUGUCAUAUUACUCAUGCUAUGUUUCAGUGCAAUGUUGAGUUGAACAAUUAAGUAAUAAUUUUAUUAUUGUUAGUAUAUAUAUAUAUAUACGGCAUUGUUUUCAUUAAUAUUUAGAGGUAAACAUGUCCAUUUAUUUAAGUAACAUUUGUAUUAAGUCUGUAGUUGCAAA